GAUGACGAGCGCUCAACGAUUGCUCUGUCGCCGAUGACGGAGCGCUCGACGAUUGCUCUGUCGCCGAUGACGUUCUCCCGAAUCAGCCCGCGCGUCGAUAAGGAACUCGAACCGCCCCCCCACCACCAUCGACAGCUUCCCGCGUGUUAAUGUUAAUUGCCUUCGCUAUUGUUACUUUUGAUAUUGUCGUUAUUAAGCGGCGCUCGUUUUUCUCGCUUACCCAAAGAAUACAUUCAGUCAACGUUAAUACGGAAAAAAACAACGGCUUUAUCUGGCUGCGGGCUGGAGUGGGUCUUUUAAAAAAUGGCAUGUGCUGCCACUGCUUCCUGGAGCGAGGACUUCCCGGCGUGGCUGGAGGCGCAGGGCGUGAACGCGGAGGUGGCCCAGGCCAUGGACUCGGAGCUGGGCAUCCGGGACUACGGAGUCCUGCGCGCCUGCGUCAGGGACGGCCUCGUGCGGGCCGAGUUGUUGGCCACGGCACGCGACCGCCUGCCCUUCGGCUUCUACGCCGUGCUGCGGCAGGUGGUGAAGGCCCUGCAGGGCGCCGAGCACCAUGAUGGCGAGACGACGGCGCAAUCCGAAACAGCUGCUCUACGCAUGGACCUGGUGCUGAGCAGCCUGGUGGAUGUGCUGGUCGCGCUCUUUGGUGGCCUUAGCCGGGAGCUGUCGAUGUCUAUGGAGAAGCUGGGCUCCAUGGAUGUCGCUUAUGUGGGGGGUUUGUCUACGCCGAGCAACAGCGGAGGCACAAAGUACAGACCACCUGAGGGUGAUCAUCUCACGGCAAAGCUGCCCAAUGAUUAUUCAAACCACAAUGACACAGGCGAGUUCACAAACGCCGAGGACGAACCGUCGUCGGCAGUCGAGGAGUUUGAGGAGCGCGACUUUAACGGGGAAUCUGCAGGGGAGGUGCCGGAGGCAUCAACGGGCGGCGUAGCUACAGGAAUUAGGUCGGUGGAGACAGGGGUCACCGACCAGCGCUCGUGGUACGGGGUGAAGAUGGAGGCGUGCGAAGAUGAGCGAAGCGCGGCGGCGGCGUCGGCAGUGGUGGCGUCGGCGGCGCAUCCGCCGUCUCGACGGGGUGCGGAGGGCGGCAGCCGGCGUCUGUCGUGGGGGGAGCCGGGACACCAGAUGGACGCCGCCCCCCUCAACGCCCCCGCGGAAUCGGCCGGCGGCAAGGGUGGGGGCUUUGGCCUGGCGAGGGGUGAAGCAUCAUCGCUGGAGUUUGCGCCGGGAGGAGACGAGGGCAACCACGCCAGCUGGCAGGGGCCGGCAGACCCAGUGGCAGUGGCAACGACCAGCACGCAGCACCCAGGGCAAGGGACGCCAUUGCAUUCUGGAUUCAUCAUCCAGGAAGUGACGUCACUGCAGGUGUCCACCACCCAGCGCACUCGAGUCACGAGGGCCACUAGGCUGCCCGCCAGGCCGGUCCUGCCGGCGAGAGGCAAACUCCAGUGCAACUCGGACGACCCAUUAGUUUCGGCGGCAGCAACCGCCACUGACCCCGCCGCCGCCAGCGGCACCAGAAUCUCGGAGAGAGGAGCGAGGCCCUACACGGGCGCGGUGAUGGCGCCCGCGCGGUGGCGGUGGCGCGGCAGGAGGGCGGGCGCCAGCAUUGGUGCGAGCGGCGACGUCGGUGGAGAGCGGCGGCACACGUGCGCCCAGUGCGGCUGGCGCUUUGCGCGCUCGGACUCACUGACGGUGCACAUGCGCACGCACACGGGCGAACGGCCGCACGUGUGUGAUGUGUGCGGGAAGGCCUUCUCGCACCGCUCGAACCUCAAGUCGCACCGGCUGACACACACAGGCGAGAAGCCGUACCGCUGCCGCUCGUGCGACCGCGGCUUCACACGCUUCUCCACACUAAAAACGCACCAGCUGCGGCACGCCGAGAGGGACGUGCUGCUGCUGGCGCUUGGACGGCACGACCGUGGAGAUGAGGUGGGGAGAGAGGAAAGGCGGGUUGAUGAGGUGGAGGAGGAGGAGGAGGAGCCGUGUUCCACGUUUUAUGCCGAUGUCGACGUGGCGAGCAUGGAAGGCGGGCAGAGGUUCGUAAGUCCGUGAGGUCGGCAGAACGAGGAAUGUUUUGCUUUGGUGGGGUAAAACCGGGGGGGGGGUGCCUUCUGAUUGUCCCAUGGAGAGACUUUUCUGCCAGAGCAAUGUGGAAUUUCGAUGACUUGAUCAAGAGAUAAGAACUGCCCGAUGUCCACUUAAGAGGACAGACUCGCUGAUAUUGGUCGCGAAAGCCUACGUGUUAAACAGAUUCACUGAUGCGCUUCUUACCUUGCUACGUUGAUGAAACAUUCACUGGGGUGGUGAAUUGUCAUUUUAAGCAUUGAGCUAUUUCUUUCAAACCAGUUUAGGAUUUUGUGUGGAUGAUUCUUUUCCGUAACAUCAGGCCAGCCUGUAGCAGUGUUUUCAUAGGGCAGCAGGCCCUGUUUAUGAGAGUGGUAGAAGUUCAAACUCGUCAGAAGUCUGAAUUUUUUUUCAAAUAAAGACCAUAGGUGAGUGUCAGUUUAGCUUGCCAACUUGUUAGUAGGUUUUAAUGUAAUUUUUGUUUUGUUCAGCCACUGAUAAAAUAACCACCUGUGUUAAAGUUCAUCGGGACAACAACGACGAUGAUGUUGAUGACGGCAAUCGUAUAACGAUGUUGACGAUCGUUGUCAGUGUGACCAAACUAUUCCACUGGCAUGGCUUAGAACUAACCGCCACCGCUCGGUACUGCACCGUUGCCUAUCUCCAAAAACGAUGGUGUGCUUCUUACAGCCUGAUGAGAAUAUUGACAUCAAAGUUAUAUUUUUGCUGUCGCCAUUGUACCAUGAAGGAGAGCCAUGGUGUGAACCGUCGCCUAUUACGCAUAUAUAUCGGUUCCCUUUAAGGCAGUGCUGUUGAGCGACGAGAGUGUUGCUGAUUGCUUAUCCACCACUGCCAACGCAGCAUAAAAAAAUGCAUGUAAUUAUUAUCCUGUUUGCUUAGCGGUGUUUGCCGACGCAGUCGGACUUUGGAGAAAAUUAGUGUUAUUGGUUCUUGCUAGACAGACUUGCCCAAAAUCCAGGUUCUUCCUCGUUUUUUUGUUCGUCGGACUCACGGGUAUAUGAGUGACACGCGCAUAUCGGACGUGCUAAACUAAACUCUAAACGAUUUUUUAUUGAGCUAUGCAGCUAUUUUUCAGAAGCGACCUGGCCACAAAUGAUAGCUGAACAAAUUGGUUUGUCAUAUGGAAAUCAAUAGCAGCCAAAUACUCUAAAACAUGUGACGUUGAUUCUAAAUGUGGAGGGAAAAAUCUGAGGACCCGGUGUCAGGGUCGCGAUCGAAUCCGCGACCUCCUGUAUACGAGGCAGGGCCGUUAACGUCUCGCCACCACGGCGCCCAUGCGUUAUGAGCCGCAUUCGUUGCCAGUGCUCUUCUGCGUACGCUUGCUUACAUCUGCGUAUAAUCGUAUGUUGCGUAUACACGUGCCCAAAUGUCAGCAGUCUUCAAAUGUAUUUUCCGGAGGGCCACACAGGUAAAAUGUGCCAGCGGGCCACUUGAAGUCACAUGUCAUGCGAUGUGCUUAAAGUCCUUGUUUCACGGGCACAGAUGUUACGAAAUCUUGUGGUGUCCUCGACAUCAUAACAUCUGUAUGUGACCCUUAAUCUAUACCUCUUAUGUCCGGGUCUUUCAUCUCUUCUCUAGUUAAACUCGCAGAUAGUAAUCUUUGUUACUUGUCGACAACUCCCUUAUCUCUGCAUCUUGUUUAUCACACUUUCAUCUCACUUAUCUGGAUAUUUAUAGCUCGGCGAGCCAUAUUUCUCGGUGAACUUGAAAUGCCUCUACAGGCCACAUCUGGCCCACGUACUGCCAUUGAAGGACCGCUUUUUGCGUUUAGUUUGUUGUCCUUCACCACCCCGCACCUCCGAUUAGCACGGUUGGCUACGUACUGUGCGAAAGAAGUUCAACAUACAUAUGAAGUACCCUGCUGAGAGUCUGAACCUGUUGUGUAUGGUCUCGCAGCGCAAUUUCCCACUAAGUGUCGGCGAUGUCGCCAGUGUUUUUGUGCCGGGCUAAUUUCGCUCUGGAUAGACGAUAGAUGGAUAGAUAUGUAGUGAACAUAUCGACAAUGCACGCACUUGCCUGAACAUCCUUGCACGUAUGGUGAAACCUUAGGAAACUUGAGCCCAGCGUGUAUUUUUUUCUUAUAAUAAUUGUGGGCUCUGAAAGGUGUACUGUACUGUGACUUUUAACAACAUGAUACAUGUUCUUUUUCAUGGAAAAAAAGGAAAAGUUUUUUUUUUCUAAUUACAGCAGACUCUCGCUUGUCCGUGCGAAUGACGGGGAGGAUGGCCCUGGAUAAUUAAAAAUCGUGGAUAAUCCAAAAAUAUUCCCAUUUUCCGCGGAUCUGUGCCAAAAACACUAAGUUUUAAUUACCGACCGAUGCACGUGCUCAGUGAUAACACUUUCCUAAUCCUGCGCAGAAGACUCUGCCCACUAAGUGGAUGACAGCAGAGCCACGCCAAUCAAUAUCAAUCAAAUUCCACCCACUGUUGUAAAGAUAUGGCAACUACUGUACUGGCGAUCACGUGAAUUUAGGAUUAACAGCGCAUAUUUGAUCGGUUUAAGUACGUGACUUGUAAUCGCCAUUUACAAGAAUAACAAUGCACAACUUUUUUUAGAUAAUGUAUUUGGGCUUAAGGGAAAAUACACGAGUUAUUACUUUAUGUCAAAAUCUCAGGUGCGUGGUUAAUCCACAAAUCGGAUAAACCGCACGCGGAUAUUCGAGAGUCUACUGUAAAUAUGAUUUUACUUAGUUUGUAUUAACUGCAUAUGAAAAAGUGCUGCCAGGGUCAUGUGACUGGGAGAAGCCCUGCCUCAUUCUCAUCCAUUUCACACAAUAUUUAUACUGGAGGAAUCCGAUGAGCUAUUAUGAAGCUCUUUUUCACAAACGGCAGAGGAUGGCGAUUGAUGAUGUCGCAGACUUUCAGCAUCUCCUGGGGGGUGUGACAAUGCAAUGAUUCAUUGCGUAGUAUCGAUGCGACACGCAUUGAAUUUUGUGUGCAAGAAGCCAACUCUUUUGAUGAAUUUCCAUUGCACGUAGUGGAUUCACGCGACCCCUCCAGCCACUAGAGGCCCCAAUACCUUUCUCUGAAAUUAGAUGGAAAAGGAAUCGACCCUGAAUUGUGACGCUUCAUAGAAUGAAGGUGGUGGAUAACAGGUGGGCGGGUUGAUCCCAGAUAGCACUCCCAUUCCAUGUGAUGGGUUGGGUUGGUUGCCACAAAACAUGAAUCGGCAAAUGAAUACUAACACAGAAGUCGCAGAAAUUUUAGGGAAAAGUAUUUUAAAUAUGCAAUUAGCGUCGUCUUUGGGAGGUAGCCUUCAUCCAGCAGUGAAUAAAUAAUCGCUGGCAAUGAGGAUACAAUAAUUCGUUAUCACUCUGCGACAAAAACUUGUAAUACUUGAGAACCUGAUUUAAUAUUAGGUGACCCGCCGGGAAUCCAACCUAUGUUUUUAUAGGUACUGGUCUCAUUGUUCAAACACACGAAACGUUUAGUGCUCUUGAGCAGCCCACCCUCUUAUAUGGUGUUGCCAUGACCGCUUAAAACUGGAACGGCCAAUUCUAGAACUGGUACAAAUGGGCUUGAGGCAGUCUUGACUUGCUAAGCGAGUUGUAACCGGGCCAUGCUACUCACUUACGCUGGGCCACUUGGUUGUCCUUAGCAAAAGGGGGCCUACCCACUUUUAGCCAGGCCACCCUCAAAAUAGAUGUAGAGUUUUCAGGGUCAGCUUCAGGGCCUUAGUUUGUUUUUAAAACGUGGCAGAAAAUUGUUAAAAUAUUUUCCUUAUGGUUACCGUAAGCUAAUCUAGGGGGUCGGCAACCUGCAGCUCCGGAGCCGCAACGGCUCUUUAUGAACUGCUUUGUGACGUAAUUUAUGUACGUACGUUUGUAUGUAUUCACAUGCAUUGCGGAGCUCUUAAAAUGUUGAGUUUUUGUACCGAAGUCGAAAAAAAGUCUCUAUUUUUGUUACAGACCCCCGAGCUAAAUUCUAGAGUGCGUUAAACGUUGGUUUAAAAAAAAAAUGGUUUCCCAUUCGUUGUGAAAGGGAGGGAAAAGUGGAUGGGAAGUGAAGGGUCUUAACUCAUCGUGACAAACUCAUGGGAUAGGAAAUGAAUCGAUCAGUACCAAGAAUUGUCCGGCGCGGCUUGAUUCCGUUUUUUCUAAUUCUAUUUACUGUGGAAACGCAGCGUGCUGUAACACGCACGGAGCGAGUGAAUGCUGUUGCGGGUUAUCGGUUUGAAAUUAUUAAAGUGUUUACGCGUACUACUUUUGGCGAUGGAACCUUAACUUUUGUAUCGCCAUUUUUUGAAGGCUGAACGUGUGUACUGGUAUGAUAUUGCCCAAGGACUUGUUGUCACUUGGUUAAUUUAUAUAACAAAAACAUUCUCUCUUUUUUGCCUAUAACAUGCACUUGUGUUAAGCUUGGAAUAAAAAGUGUUCAUUUGAAA